AUGAUUUGAUGAUGUCAGCAGUUUGCGUGGUAGCGCUGUAAUGAAAGUUCAGAGGUGGAAGUAGUCUGUUGUUUUCUUUAUUUAUAAAAUAAAAUUGUUAAAAAAUUUAGAUUCCAAGCCCCGCUCCUUUCUAAAUAAGGUAAAAAGAUAAGGAACAAGACCUACAAUUCUAUGAAACUGUCCCUACCAGCAAGUGGGUUGUUUUUGAUGCCUUGCAUUUAAAUGUGGCAUUAUGCCAGCAGCUACUGUAGAUCAUAACCAAAGAAUUUGCGAGGUCUGGGCUUGCAACCUAGAGGAAGAGCUGAAGAGAAUCCGCCAAGUUAUUCAUAAAUAUAACUAUGUUGCAAUGGACACAGAGUUUCCAGGUGUAGUAGCAAGACCAAUCGGAGAAUUCAGAAGCAAUGCUGACUACCAGUACCAGUUGCUGCGAUGUAAUGUAGACUUGUUAAAGAUAAUCCAACUAGGCCUGACUUUCAUGAACGAACAGGGCGAAUACCCUCCUGGCACUUCAACAUGGCAGUUAAAUUUUAAAUUUAACCUCACGGAGGACAUGUACGCUCAGGACUCCAUAGAGCUGCUAACAACAUCUGGUAUCCAGUUUAAAAAACAUGAGGAAGAGGGGAUUGAAACACUCUACUUCGCAGAACUGCUUAUGACCUCUGGUGUGGUCCUGUGUGAAGGGGUCAAAUGGCUGUCUUUCCAUAGUGGCUAUGACUUUGGAUACCUAAUCAAAAUCCUAACAAAUUCCAACUUGCCAGAAGAAGAAUUGGAUUUUUUUGAGAUCCUCCGUUUGUUCUUUCCUGUCAUAUAUGACGUGAAGUACCUCAUGAAAAGCUGCAAAAACCUCAAGGGUGGCUUGCAAGAAGUAGCUGAACAGCUGGAAUUGGAGAGAAUAGGACCACAGCACCAGGCUGGCUCAGACUCUCUACUGACAGGCAUGGCCUUCUUUAAAAUGAGAGAGAUGUUCUUUGAGGAUCACAUUGACGAUGCGAAAUACUGUGGUCACUUGUAUGGCCUUGGUUCUGGUUCACCCUAUGUUCAAAAUGGCACAGGCAAUGCAUAUGAGGAAGAAGCCAACAAACCACAAUCAUGACAUGAAGCAGCAGAUGAACUUUGGGCCUGUUGAUUUUUUUUUUUCUCUGCCUGAGAGACAAGGACUUCUGUUUUUGUCAUUGCUUGUUUUCUUUCCCUUGUCUUUCUAUUUCAGUGACAUGCACCAAAUCUUGUUAAGGAUUCUAGCUUUAGUACUGAAACAAUUUGGAGUCAAAUUUUGCUAAGUUUUAAAAGACCAAACAAAAAGAAACUGACGGCAACAAGGGAAAUUUUACUGUAGCGACUAAAUACUCAAGUAAUUUCAUAUAUCUUGUCUGUGUAAGCAGAAUGGAUUGGCUGAUCAUUCAUGUGUAGCACUUAAAAAGUGGGAUUUUUAGUAAUUCAGAAAUGUGGACCAUGGAAAUUUGCACUUUAGAGAUCAAUCCAGAUUCUCAGUUUUAUCAAAAGUUUUGGCUGUUUGUUGUUCUUAUAAGAUAAAUUGUAACAGUUGUGCACCAUUUUUGCUUACGUUGCCUUUUCCACCAUAGUACUAUUUAUUUAUUUAUGUUUACAGGGAAAGAAAACUACUAAAGCUUUUAGGUAACCCUAUCUUACACAUUUCAGCCUUAAACAAAGUAAAUAAGCUACUUAUCAUGCUGUUUUUGUACGUUGUGCUGUCAAGAUUAAGAUGUUGAUUGUAAACCAGCUUAACACUCCUAAAAGACCCAGUCACUUACAGGUAUUGUAUAGUCAUUCCAGGUAAUGCCAUGACGAGUGUGGUUGAUUUUUUAUGCCUGCAUCCCGUGGCCCCUUCCUCAGCAUACCAACACAUUUAUUAUAUUACAUAACUUGUAUGGUUUAUCCCAGAUUUUACCAUUUGUAUUUGUUGUACUAAUUUUACCAGCUAAAUUUUUCAAAAUUCAGUUUCAACUGACAAGUUCUUUUUAAAAUUGAAUUUAAAAACUAAAAGAAAACAAACAAAUUGGCUUCUAGGUUUUGUGGUGUUUUACAAAAAGAAAAAAAAAAGCGCUAGUUUUUAUUAAUUUAGAAAACCGUACUGAUGAGAUCUUAACCAACUCGAGCAUGGCAUUGCCUGGGGAUUUUUUUUUUUUUUUUUUGAAUACUGGUUUAAUGCAGCACAGUUCACUGCAAUGCUUUUUUAUUAUUAUUAUUAUUACAUAUUUUUGUAUUGUUAUGCAGUAUAUUUUGCCUAGUAUAUUUUGCAUGUUCGGAUGGCAAUUGAACAGGAGGGCUAUAUUAUUAAAUAGCAAAUGCUUGCCUGAAAAUGUGAAUUGCAUGAAUGUGUUUAAACCUCCAGGAAAUUACAAAUUGGCUGGGAUGAACCUGAAAAACUUCAAACUGUACAAUGUACAUAAGUCUUUGUUUUUGCUUGAAAUUACAAUUUAGUAAUUUGGUGAUCCCUUUUAAAAACAGAAAUUAUGCAAAAAGGGUAUUUGUUUUAAAGCUUUUGUAAAUAAAUAAAGGCUUCAGAAUUGUUUUCUUACAUACAAA